UCGUAAUUGCUGUCUUUGCCUUAACAGUAGAACGAUAACCGGUGUGCACCCCUUGUGUGAAAAUGGUAGUGUCCAAAGUUUCCAGCAUGGCGCUUUCCAUGAUCCAAACUUAUCUUGUUGGUGUUCAAGCGACGAUUUCCCAGCUAUUACAGGGUCACCGAUGUUUGACAGAUCAACCAAGACAAGAUGGGAAGGUUGCCAUAGUAACAGGUGGAGCAAAAGGCAUAGGGUUGGAAGUGACCAAAGGAUUGGCACAGCUUGGCAUGCACGUCUUUAUAGGUGGGAGGAGCCAGGACGAAGCAAACAUAGCAAUAGAACAUAUCAAGAAGUCUUGUCCACAAGCCAAAGUUGAGUUUAUUAGGUUGGACCUGGCAUCUAUGAAGUCCAUCCAUCAGUUUGUAGAAAAGUUUAAAUCCAGACAACUCCCGUUACAUCUGCUGAUCAACAAUGCUGGAGUGAUGUUGACCCCUUACAGUCUAACAGAGGACGGAUUCGAGACACACUUCGGAAUCAACCACCUCGGUCACUUCCUGCUGACCAACCUGUUACUGGACACCUUGAGGUCCAGUGGAAAAUCUGAUCACUGGUCGCGGAUAGUGUUCGUAUCUUCCGCCGUACAUUCCAUUGGGGAUAUCAACUUUGAUGACUUAAACAGCAGCAAAAACUACUCCCCACAUGCAGGAUACGCUCAGAGUAAGCUUGCCAAUGUCCUGACAGCCUAUGAACUUCAGGAAAGGCUAUUGGCUGACCAAAGUCACGUGACUGCCAAUGCACUCCACCCCGGAGUGGUGAACUCUGACCUCUACCAGCAUGUCAUGUGGCCUAUGAGAGUGGCACAAAGGAUCAUGGGAUGGAUUGGUUUAACAAAGACACCUGCACAAGGCGCAGACACCAUCCUGUAUGCUGCCAUGUCUCCUGACCUAGAGGGCAUAGGAGGUCAUUACCUUGACAACUGUCAGUCAGUCCCCUCCUGUGACCAAUCAUACAACAAAGACUUACAGAAGAGACUUUGGGAGGAGAGCUGUAGACUUGUGCAUUUGCAAGAAUGAAGUACAAUG